AUGAGCGAGAAUACACCUCAAGAGCCUUCGAAACGAUCUAUCAAGUCACCUAUACGACAAUAUUUCAGUAGAGUGCCUCUAUUAGAUGUCACACAAUCGGUCGGGAACUCUUACUUUCCCAGAGAACCGCAAUCGCCUACACCAACUCCUCCUCCAACUAAGCGACCAAAGUUAUCAAACAAAGUAACUGACGAAAAUGAGAUAAAGACUCCUAAUAAUUCCUUAAAGUCACCGUCGCUGAAACCACCUGCCAAACGUGUCUUUAAUGAAAAGUUAGAAUCCGUCUACAAAAAUAAGAUAUGGCGAACUUCAAAGAAUCGUAUGGGUCCCUUUGAUGUCUUGAUGAGAAGAGAACUUUGGGGCACGGCUAAUAGUGAUUCCGUUUUAGCUAACAAUUCUUGGCGAGCUUCAACAAGAUUUAUGAUCAAAGAUUUCGUAAGCACCGAUAAUGAUGUAUACCAUUUUUAUGGACAAGAUAGACAGAUUGCACCAUUUGCUUGUUCGUUUAGUCAUGGAAUUGGAAAUAUCGAUGGAAGGUUUUUAGCGGUUGCGGAUGAAGAAGGGGUAAUUUCUCUCAUGGAUACACGAUUCGAUAAUAGGAUUGAAAUGGCGCGACCGCGAAUACAAUUCCAAGCACACGAAAAUGCCGUUUUCGAGGUUCAAUGGAAUUAUGAUGAUACAUCAUUGAUAACAGCUUCAGGUGAUCAAUCAGCACGACUAUGGGAUGUAGAAACACAAAAGUGUAAGUCCGUAUUCGAGGGACAUACUUGUAGUAUUAAAGCGAUUGCUUACAAUCCCAAAACUCCAGAAAUUUGGGCAACUGCUUCUCGAGAUGGACACAUUCACAUCUGGGAUGAACGUAUCAACCCAUCUCGGAUAAUUGAACAAAGUAUAUUAUCUAGAUGA